CGUCCCUCCUGCCGCGGCAGAUGUCCCUCAGCCGGCGCCUCAGCCGCAGCCUGCACGCCCGCCCUGGGUGGAGCGGUCUUCUUUGUCGAGCCGGGACCUGCUCUCCUUUCUCGUUCAAGCAGAAGAGGAGCUAGCGAGGAAAUAAAACCAAGCUGGAGUUAAUGUUUGAGAAGUUCGGGUGCAGGAGAGACUGGAAUUUUGCCUUCUUGGAGAAACAGUAGAAAAUGCAAAACGAAAUAAUAAAGCCUGCUAAAUACUUCUCAGAAGUGGAGAAGAGUGUGCUGCUUGCAUUAGUUGAAAAAUACAAAUACGUGCUUGAAUGUAAAAAAAGUGAUGCAAGAACUAUUGCUCUGAAACAACGCACCUGGCAAGCACUAGCUCAUGAAUAUAAUUCACAGCCCAGCGUAUCACUGCGAGACUUCAAACAGUUAAAGAAAUGCUGGGAAAAUAUCAAGGCACGGACAAAAAAGAUAAUGGCACAUGAAAGGCGGGAGAAGAGCCCACCAGAAGAAGAUUCUGAAUAUCAGCCUGAUGCUUCUAGUCAAGAGUCAUUUGUUGUCUCAAAUAGAGAACUUUGUGAUGAAGAAAAAGAGCUGGUACAUUUCCCAGUAUGUGAAGGUACCUCCCAACCCGAGCCUUCGUGUUCUGAUGUCAGAAUAGCAGCAGACAAGAACUACAGAAGUAAAGCAUCUCAGGAAAGUGCUCUGAAAAAGAUGCAUGAGGAAGAACAUCAUCAGCAAAUGUCAAUUUUGCAACUGCAGUUAAUCCAAAUGAAUGAAGUUCAUGUGGCAAAAAUACAGCAAAUAGAAAGAGAGUGUGAGAUGGCGGAAGAAGAACACAGGAUAAAAAUGGAAGUGCUAAAUAAAAAGAAAAUGUAUUGGGAGAGGAAACUGCAGACCAUCACAAAAGAAUGGCCUGUAUCAUCCUUUAACAGACCCUUUCCGAAUUCCCCUUAG